AUGACGGCCUCGGGCGACUCGCUGAACAAACACUUGAGUGGGUUUGAAACCUUGUGGCACCACGUCCCCGGACAGGACAACCCGGCGGACUGCGCCUCCCGAGGCCUCUCUCCCGGGGAACUCGUGACGCACCCGCUUUGGUGGAAGGGCCCUCCUUGGCUCCUGGCGGAGCCGUCUUCCUGGCCGGUCGCGGACAUCGCGGCCACGGACGAGGAUCUGCCCGAGCGGCGGGUCAGAGUCCACGCGGCAGGAACCGCGCCUCAUGAAACCAAGGAACCAGACGAAUUGACUAGGUUCUCGUCUCUCGAGCGAUUGCUGCGCGUGACGGCAUGGUGUCGCAGAUGGCUUUCUCGAGUGUCAAACGAUACAGAGAGGUUGAGGUCGCCACAGUCGACCCGCUCACCGCGCUGCGGGACUCUGUCCGCCGCCGAGAUGGACGACGCACGCCUGUGCUGGGUCCGCGCCGUGCAAGCUGCGAGCUAUAAACCCGUAUUAGAGUCAAUUAAGCAGGGCAAAGCCCUGCCGAAUUCUAACUCACUCGCUCGCCUUAGUCCAUUUUUAGAUCCCAAGGGCAUCCUCCGCGUGGGCGGUCGAUUGAAGCACGCCAUUCUCUCCUUCGACGAGAAGCAUUCAGCGAUACUCCCCGGAAGAUCGCACUCGGCUGAUCGUGGAGGCCACCGACGAGCUCUGCAUGGCGGAACUCAAAUGACCUUGGGGAUGAUUCGCCAGAACUACUGGAUCCCUCGAGGGCGAGCAGUCGUUAAGGAGCUGAUCCACCGCUGCGUACCGUGCGUCCGAUGGCGGGCGGCGACCCCGCAACAGCUGAUGGGCAGCCUUCCUCGCGCGAGGGUGACUCCGGCACGACCCUUCCUCAAUACCGGCGUGGAUUACGCCGGACCGAUCCAGCUGCGCACGACCAAAGGUCGGGGACAUAAGGCAUACAAGGCCUAUAUCGCGGUGUUCGUGAGCUUGUCCACCAGAGCAGUGCACCUGGAGGUCGUCUCUGACUACACCGCCGACGCCUUCCUGGCCGCAUUAAGGCGGUUCACUUCACGCCGGGGGUUGUGUUGCAUCAUCGAUAGCGAUUGCGGGACCAACUUCGUAGGCGCCGAUGCACAAUUGCGAGCUUUCUUCGCGGCCAGCAAUUCCGAGCUGCGUCGGAUCGGCGAGCGGGUCGCCAACGAUCGGAUACAGUGGCGGUUCAACCCGCCGUCUGCUCCACAUUUUGGUGGUCUCUGGGAGGCCGCUGUCAAGUCACUCAAACACCGUCUGCGGCGCGUGCUGAGGGGCGCGACUCUAACCUUUGAGGAGAUGAGCACACUUCUCUCUCAGGUCGAGGCCUGCCUCAAUUUGCGUCCACUCCAGGCUCUGUCGGACGACCCGGAGGACCUGGCUGCGCUCACCCCAGGGCAUUUCCUAGUGGGAUCCAUGCUGACCGCCGUUCCGGAGCCUUCCAUGAUGGAGCUACCAGCGACCCGACUGUCCCGUUGGCAAAUGCUGCAGCGGGUGUGGGACCACUUCUGGGAUCGCUGGUCGCGAGAAUAUCUCCAUUCUCUCGCACAUCGCCCAAAGUGGUGCCGAGAAGAGUCGUCGUUCAAGGUCGGCCGCCUGUGCCUAGUGAGACACGAGAACACUCCGCCAACGCGAUGGCCACUGGCGCGGAUCGUCCGAGUCCACCCCGGAGAAGACGAUCAAAUCCGCGUAGUCGACGUCCGGACAGCCGCGAUCGAGCUUACGCGACCCAUCGUUAAGCUUGUCCUUCUACCUGAUACUGACGCCGAGACUGACGAAGACCAUAGUGAAUAG